AUGGAAGACUCAUCAUCCAUCAUCAUUGGUACAGAGCGAGCCGUAAGGUCGGUAAAAAGAUUGUGCAACAAGUAAUUAGACAGUUUUAUUUGCAUUUGAAAGUUCCGAAGGUUUAUUUUCCUACUUAAGGAGGCACAAGUUUAGGUCGUCGUGUUGUGAGUGAUUCGCUAGUCACAAGUCAAAGUGUAGUAUCAGUUUGGCACAAAAAUAAUACGUGUUUACAUACGAUGAACUUUUCGAUUAUUUUGGUCGGGUGGAACUACUUUGUGGUCCUUCUUCUCAUCACCUCUUCGGAGUCACGCCCAGCGCCAGAUCCAGCACUUCCGCCGGUCAUGGGGUUUCCCAUUUCGAUCGUGAAAGACGUGCGAUCUCCGCCACAAAAGGAUGGCAUUUACUCGUACGAAAUCGUCCUGACGGAUGGAACCAUGAUAAAACAGGACUCUAAAUUGGGGGAAAUGCCGAACAAUUCGUCUCCCGAUUUUCAGCCGUUCCUCAUAAUUUCUGGAGAAUAUUCGUACACAGAUCCAAAGGGAAAGUUGCAUCACGUCACGUACACCGCGGACAAAAAUGGAUAUCGCCCAAUAAUUGACGGAUCUGUGGUGGGAGGAACGGUCUCAGUAUCAACGCCAGGUCCAACGUUAAUUAUCCCACAAUCAUCACGGAGCGAGAACGCUCAACCAGAAAAACCGUUGGAGACCAUUUCCGCAUCUUUGUUUAGUGCACCGUCACGAUUUUUCUGACACAUAAAACAUAAUUUUUGUAACAAGAAAUAAUUAUUUUUAUAUUUCCUACAAUUUAAUACAAGUUGAAAUGUAUGUUUAAUGACCGUAAAGAAGCGAAGUUUUUGACACUGA